AUUAAAAACAUGAUUGCUGUGACAUCGGACUACGAAUCUAUUACACAAGAUGAUUACUCAGAUGAAGGGCCCUGCAACCUCGACCCCAACCCCAUGGAGGUCAUCACCCAAACUUACAUCCACUCCAUCAUCUGCGCCUUCGGCCUGAUUGGUAAUGCUCUUGUGAUUGUCACCUACAUAUACUACAAGAGAACCAAGACAAUGACAGAUGUCUAUCUCUUCAAUGUGGCUGUGGCUGACCUGAUCUUUGUAGUAGCUCUACCAUUUAUCAUAUACAACGAGCAGCACGGUUGGUUGAUGGGUAUGGUGGCUUGCAAGAUUCUAAGGUCAGCCUACAGCAUUAACCUCUACAGUGGCAUGCUCCUGCUCGCGUGCAUCAGCGCCGACCGUUAUGUAGCUAUAGUUCGAGCCAGAAGAUCCUUUGGUGCCCGCUCACGCACUGUGAUCUACAGCCGCCUCAUCUGCUCAUCUAUUUGGGUGUUUGCAGUGUCUUUAACUCUUCCCACAGUCAUCUACACUGAGCUCUUCGAAGAGCAGACUCUAGGGGCCGGGCCUGGCGCUAUGAUGUGUCAGCUGCGUUUCAGCAUGAAUGAAACAGCAAAGCUAAUGAAGGUGCUGGUUCCGAGCCUUCAAAUGGCCAUUGGGUUCCUGCUGCCUCUGUCGGUGAUGGUGUUCUGCUACUCCAGCAUCGUGUGCACCUUGCUGAGAACACAGAGCACCAAGAGGCACAAGGCCGUCCGUGUAGUUUUGGCAGUUGUUGUGGUUUUCAUCAUUAGUCACCUUCCCUACAAUAUGGCCCUGCUGAGUCACACUGUGUCUCUUUUUAAGGAGAGGAGUUGUGAGGAAGAAAAGAUUAAACUCCAAGUCCUGGCUGUUUCCAGGAGCAUAGCCUACCUGCAUUGCUGUCUCAAUCCCAUCCUCUAUGCCUUCAUUGGGGUGAAGUUCAGGAGCCACUUCCAGCAAAUAAUGUUGGACCUGUGGUGCUUUAGCAAAAAGUACAUCCACACUGUUCGCUCAUCACGCGGGACGUCUGAUGUUUGCACGACAGCUCGCAUGUCUUCAGAGGGCUCCAACAACAUGUCAUCCUUCAGUGCAUGAUACUGCUGUGUUACAAACCGUUCUUAAGGGGAUGAUUAGCCCAUGCUAGGACAAUGCCAAUGCUAAUGCAGCCUCUCAUUUUUCCCAAGCUGUUGCUUUGCUGUAGCUGUGCAUAAGUAGCUUUAACAGGCUUAAACAUGAAAUCUUUUCUCAGUAAACAUUAGUAGGUUUCCUUCAGUAUAAAACAACAUCAGACAGUCACUUUCUAGCUUAAUGUAAUAUGUAUAAUGUAAGUCUG